CGCCGCAACAGAGCUUCGAAAUAUGCUUUAUCGAUAGUCACACUAUUACCCGCUGGUGACGCCAUCGUAGGAGAACGCGAUCUCUGGAUUACAACGAAAGACACCAAUAGUGAGACUCACUGAAAAAACAUGUAUCGAAGAGAAAAUUCGACACUGUGCGCGUAAAGAAUCUGCAAAAACAUUGGGUUGGACUGUCAAAUUGGGAAAUCACAACGCCUGGUCUUGGCAUUGCGGCCAUAGCUCCCAGCCCUAUGAGAUCUGCACUAGUAAUUAGUGCAGACACUCCAUCUGGAGGAAAAAUUCCACCGUCUCAUUAUAAUCAACUACGAUAUCAUGCCAUGACGUGAGUGUAAACACUUCCGUGUGGUCUUUCAAUCAUCAAACAUCUCCCACGUAGAUGGACAAGAAUGCGCCCGUACUGUCGCAGAAUGCUCAGCAGCAGCAUAAUGCGCUGACCUCGCAUCUUCUUCCCGCUGGGAAUGAUGGCGGUGGCUCAAUCUUCGCCCAACUGACGGGGAAUCCGUUCUUCACCGCAGGUUUCGGCUUAGCUGCCCUUGCCGCUGCCGCUCGAUUCGGACAAAAAGGCAUCCGACAGAGUGCAGAGCUUUUGAGACGUCGCAUGCUUGUCGAUAUAGAGAUUACCCGUCACGACGCUUCAUACGAUUGGCUCUUGCAAUGGAUGACCGCAUACCAAAGAUCACAACUCGCCGGCAAGUCUGUUACAGACACAACGAAAUCUCCUCCCCGAAUUGGUAUCUUCUCCUCGAUCCUUGAACGGAUAAAUCCUCGAUUGCACCAUUUGCAAGUGAAGACAGCGAAAGUCAGCAGGUCGGAUGGUUCGCAAAGUACACACUUCAGUCUUGUACCUGGGCAUGGCCGGCAUCUGCUGAGGUACAAGAAUGCAUUCAUACUCGUGAACAGACAAAGAGAGAAGUCAUUUGAUCUAAACAGCGGCACGCCGUUCGAGACGAUAACAAUGACGACACUAUAUACUCACAGACACAUCUUCGAGAAGCUGUUCACAGAGGCACAUGAGUUGGCACAACACAGACAAGAGGGCAAGACAAGCAUCUAUACCUGUAUGGGCUUCGAGUGGAAACAGUUCGGAGAACCGAAACGAAAGAGACCGCUCGACUCAGUCGUACUCGAGGCAGGCGUAAAGGAGAGGAUUGUGGAGGAUCUUGAAUCAUUCAUACAGGCAAGGACGUGGUACCUCGAUCGUGGAAUCCCAUACCGUCGUGGCUACCUGCUAUAUGGCCCUCCUGGGACGGGGAAGAGCUCUUUCAUCCAAGCCCUCGCAGGACACUUUGACUUCAAUAUUGCCAUGUUGAACGUCAGUCAGCGCGGGCUCACAGACGACAAGCUAAACCAUCUAUUAACAAAGGUGCCUUCCAGGACGAUUGUCCUACUGGAAGAUGCCGAUGCCGCCUUCAUCAACCGAAAGGUUGCAGGGGAAGACGGCUACUCGGGGGCAACAGUCACCUUCUCCGGACUACUGAAUGCACUGGACGGGGUAGCCAGUGCCGAGGAACGGAUCAUAUUCUUGACGACGAACCACAUUGAGCGACUUGAUGAGGCCUUGGUACGCCCCGGGCGGGUCGACAUGACGGUACGGCUAGGUGAAGCCACGGAAGGACAGAUAGAGCAGCUCUGGGAUAGAUUCUAUGCUGAUUUUGAUGGAGAGGGGCAUGGAAAGCGACGGUUCAUGCAGCGAGUUAAAGAGCUCCAACUUGCAAACGUUGUUAGCACGGCUGCUUUGCAGGGACUGUUCCUGUAUAACAAAGAGGAUAUGGACGGCGCCAUUACGAUGCUGGCCGACCUGGGGCCGCGAUCAGGCCACGCGCAGGGCUGAGAAAUGACUCCGUCCCCACUAUAUGUGUACAUAUGAUAUACUGUGUAAAUAUACAACCGAGACUGGCAAUUGUAUCGUGGUAAGGCCAUCAGGCAUCAAUGUAGG